UUUUCUCGGUACUUGCAACGGCUUUCCAGGUCGUGUGAGAGCUUGUAGACCUUUCUACACGAUUCGCUUUCUUUUAUUGGUUCAGUGGUUCAGUAGUUUUCCGUCAUCUUUAUUCUGGAGUGACCUUUUCUCGAAAAUCCUAUCGCAUGCAGAUCUGAGGUGCCUCUCACUCUUAUUGGCGAACACGCAGGAGAAAAAAAUGACAAAAAAAAAUGAUAAUGCCAUAAUUUAAAUAUUUAUAGAUCAUCGAGCCAUCAAAUUAUGAUAAUACGACUGGAGUGGAGCAUUGUUCGCGAUUAAAUCUUCACCGCAAAAAAGUGACAGUUUUAAGCGGAAGCUGUGAUGCUCAUGGACCAAAUUCGCACUCCUUCCAGUUCCAGUAUCUUCAAUUGUCUCCUGAUCCCUCUCAUACAAAAACAUUUUUUUUUUUUAUUUUUCUUUAACUAUACCUGAUUUGAAAAUCUAUGGUAAAUCGGUCAUUAUUUGUGUGUGUGUUCAAGUGAGUGAUUUUGUUUAAUGCGCUUGUAAGAUGGCUUUUUUCUUGAAAUUAAUUUUGUCACCCCCAGUGCUUCUUUUCUUUGUUUUGUGCUUUGUGAUUUAUUACCUCGUAUACGUGCGUCAAUUGCAGCGAUGGAAACUUUCAAAUAUCCCGGUGACCCGGCCAUUUUUCCUACUGGGCCAUAGGCACAUGUUUAAAAUAUUCUCGAAUUCGGCAGUGGUUCCUUUAGACUACAUCUACCGCGAAAACCCGGAUGUGCCCCUAGUGGCAUUCUUCCUCACAGUUUCGCCAGUGAUUUUGCUCAAAGACCCGUCGUUAAUUAGAAAAGUUUACGGCAAAAGUUUCGAUAAGAUGUUCGCGAACGGGUUCUUCCCGCCGGAGAAGGAAGUGGCGUAUCAAAGCAUCGUGCCCAUCUCAUCAGACCGGGAUCUGUGGAAAGUCGGGCGAAACUCCUUGGCUGCCUCGUUUUCGACCGCCAAACUGGAGAGCUCGGAAUUCGGGAAGUUCAAAAAACAAGUCGACAGGUUGUGGCAUCAUACGGCCAAGUCGGUCCAGCUCGGAAAGCCAGUGAACGGUAAAGAAGCAGCCCAUAAUUUCAUCGUUGACAGUGUCAAUUUGCACACUUUCGGGGUGGACGAAAAUUCUUGGGAGGAAAAAGGUUCAUUGUAUCAGCUCGUUGACAGUGUGUUCGGGUUGACGUACCAAAGACUCGCCAGUUUUUUUGUUUUGACUCUUUUCCCAUUUUUACAGGCAUUUGACCCUUUGAGGUUUAUGCGUCACGAUCAUAUCGAUUCAGUUACGAAGUUCGUAACGGAAAAGGUUCAGGAACGGGACCAGCUCGAAAUCAGGAACGAUGAUUAUAUCGACCGUCUUAUGUCUCUUCGUGGCAAAACCGGCUCAGAGGAGGCUGCUCUGACGAAUUUAGAUACUAAUGAAAAUCCUGCAGGGCUUGGUGUCAAAGAAAUGGUGGGUCACACCUUGACAUGGCUGCUAGCUGGUACAGAUACAAGCUCUCAGCUCUGUCUUUUUGCAACUCAUUUAUUAUCGCUGCAUCCCGAGUACCAGGACCGGAUCAGGGCCGAGGUUAAUGGUGUUAUGCGGAAGCUCAACACGUCAGAGAUUACAUUUCAGGUCGUGCACCAACUUCAGCUCACGGAAUAUUGCCUCUUAGAAACGUCACGUUUGUACCCGAUUUUACCGGCUUUGAUGAGAUGUUGUUCAGAGGACUUUCAAAUUCCUGGCACAAAGUAUGUUCUCCGCAAAGGAGACAGGGUAUUCAUCCUGCCAUAUUCAAUGCACAGAGACCCGCGCUAUUUCAAAGAGCCUGAUAGAUUCUAUCCGGAACGUUUUAGUCCUGAAAAUAGACACCUCGCCUGUCUUGAUAUGUACGUUUCUUUUGGCACUGGGCCUCGGAAAUGUCCAGGUUACAAGAUCGGCGUAUCAUUAGCAGCUCUAUUCAUCGCAUCACUUCUGCACAAAUACCAAAUUAGACCACGAUCACACUUGAAGCAGAUGGACGCUACAGAUUUUGAUCCUCGAGGUUUCACUGCUCAACAUAGUGGACAGUUUUUAGUCGAUCUAGUGCCAAUUGAAUCUCCUGCUUAAAAGUGACAGUUGAGAACACUUCACUAGAUGGUAGCAGUUUCGUUCAUUUUGACAGAGAAAAAAAGAUGGUGAAGCGCGAGGCGGAGGCGUGCACACUUAGUGCAUUAAUGUCUAAGUGGACUUGUCUGCCCCCCUUCCCAUAAGCUUGGAAGUAUUCAUUUCUUGCAAAAGAUUCAAUUCAAUUUAAAUGCACUGACAUGGAUCGAGGACAGAUUAUUUAUUUUCGUAAAGAGUCUCAGAUAGUUCACAACGACAUUUUUCUUUUUUCAAUGAUAGUUCAUCACUUCAGUCCCUAAAAUAAGACACACAAGUUAAGCACUGUAAAACUUUUUCUUUUCUUACAAAUUGUUUACAUGGGUCUGAAUAGAAAAAACAUGUAAAAACGCGAAGAUCUAGGUACGUCGUAAGUUUAAAAUCUGCCAAGACAUUUUUCCCAACUUUUCAGGGCUUCCAGAGCCUCUUUUGCAGCUUGACCAAUGCUUCCUUCGUGUGUGCUCAACGGUUCAUUUUGCAGACAUUUGCAAGAGGAUACAAGUAGAGAUUUGACCUUUUUCAACUGAUUUCUCAUCGCAUCUUUAGACAUGUUUGAACUUUGGAAAUCCCUGGUCGCCAGCACCAUCAGCGGAGCGUGCAGCUCGUACAUCACGGUACCUAAAAAUUAUAAAAUAAUUUAUUACUUUGAAUUUGAGAGUUUCCCUCGAUGUUAAAGAUUAGAGUCAAAAAAUGGAGAGAAUAUACUUGUAUAUCUUGUCAACACAAGAAGAUUGUGGUUGUGAAUCAAAGUCUCAAAAAGAGGUAAUAAAUUACAUGUGAAAUAGUGAUCUUGGAAUAGUGAUCUAUUUGUGGAACUGUUUAUCAAAUAACGAUUGGAAGGUGCUCAAACACGUGAAGAGAUUGUGUGCGCAGUGCGGGAUAAGGGAAGUGAGAGCGCCCUCUUUUUAUUGGUAUGCAACCCGCAUGGUUAUUAAUCACGAAUAGUUGCAUCAAAACCAUGUAAUUGAUGGCUGAAGUCGGAAAAUGCGCAUUUCCGAUGCAACGUCUCAAAAUCUUUGAUCGUUUAACGUAUUGUAUUAUUUCUGAACAAAAAACUAACCAGAACUUUUGCUUGAGACUCUCAGUGAAUAUUUCUGAAAUAGUAAGAAAAAUUUGAAGAAAAAGGAAUUCGGUGGCUAAAGUUUACAAAUUUGCAUCAUUAAUGCAACGCUUGAAAAUCUUCGAUUUUCUUAAAUACUGUGAAGUAAAUUCAACCUUUAUGUAUGUAUUUGUAAAAUUUCCUAUUUAUAUUGUGUAUUAAAAGAGAAAACUAAAAAUACAAAAUACAAAAGUAAUAUAUUGCAGUUUCUGAAAUGUCUAAGAUAAGUCCCUCCUUACCUAAAUAUUUGUCAAAAUCACAGAAUUUCCUUUUGUAUUUUAUAUCUUUAGCAGAGAAACCAUUGUAAUUCCUUGUAAGAGUAAAUUUCCAAAAUUAAGCUGUUGAAUUUCCUCCAAGUCUCACGAAAAUAGAAUUUUUCAUGAUGCUGCGUUAAA